AUGGGGAAGAAUUGUAGUUUUGGAGUGGUGCAUUCAAUAUUAGAUGUUCUUGGUUUCAUGCUUAAUUACUUACCCAAUAAAAUGAACAAAGAGCUACCUUUUGCUGGAGGCCCUGGAGUCCUUACUUAUAGUGGAAAGAAGUGGAACUUGUUUUUUGGUGGAGCCAAAACUAAAUACAAAUUUAGUACUGGAUGGAAAAUUUUUGGGGAUGAUAACAAUCUAAAAGAGGGGGAUGGAAUUGCGUUUGAACUCUCAGAGUGCAACCCUGACAACGUCGAAUUCAAAAUACAGAUUCUAAGAGAAAAUUUUCCAGCUGAAUUGGUUCCUGAAGAUGUGGAGGGUAUAAACACUGACAACCCAAUAAUAAUUAAUUGA